ACCAACGUUUGUGCCCUUGUACGAGCUGAUCACCCAGUUUGAGUUAUCCAAGGAGGCUGAUCCUCUACCUUUAAACCACAAUAUGCGCUUCUAUGCAGCUCUUCCAGGACAGCAGCACUGUUACUUUCUGAACAAGGAUGCUCCUCUCCCAGAUGGAAGAAGUCUUCAAGGAACUCUGAUUAGUAAGAUCGCCUUCCAGCACCCUGGACGGGUUCCUCUCAUCCUCAAUUUGAUCAGGCAUCAGGUGGCUUACAACACACUCAUUGGGAGCUGCGUCAAGCGAACAGUCUUAAAAGAAGAUUCCCCCGGGAUCCUUCAGUUUGAAGUUUGUCCUCUCUCUGACUCCUGUUUUAGUGUGUCCUUUCAGCACCCUGUAAAUGACUCCCUAGUGUGUGUGGUAAUGGAUGUGCAGGAUUCUACACAUGUGAACUGUAAGCUGUACAAAGGGCUUUCUGAUGCUCUCAUCUGUACAGAUGACUUCAUUGCCAAAGUUGUUCAAAGAUGUAUGUCCAUUCCUGUGACCAUGAGAGCAAUUCGUAGAAAAGCAGAAACGAUUCAGGCAGACACCCCAGCCUUGUCCCUCAUUGCAGAGACAGUAGAAGAUAUGGUGAAGAAAAACCUUCCCCCAGCCAGCAGCCCAGGGUGGGCAUCACGAACACCUACAGAAGUACAGGGAACAAAGUCUCAUCCUCUCUAAGCCUCUGUGACACCAAGUGCUACAAGAGAAACUGAGUCCUGAACUGUGGUCAUAGCAGGUAAUAAGCUUUUUGAUCCAUUUUGAUGCACUGUACCCUAUCCCCUUUGUACCCCAUUCGUUUUAUAUCAUGUGAGAAAAAGAUAUAUCAGAGCCAGGCAACGGUUGCAUGAUGCUUCUAUUGCAUUGACUAGAGAUGAGGUACACCUGUCGAUAUAACACAUUUUACAUGUGAAUGCUUGGUCUCUUACAAAUGUUUUAUUUUUAAAAUAUUUUUGCUUAUUCUCUAUGAUAUUUUACAUCUUUCAGUAUUGGAAAGAUAAAUGUGUAAACAAAAUAAAAAAGCCAAACCUUUUAAUCUCAGGUAGAGGAAUUGAGAUUAAAAGAAAAUGGUUCUUUCCUAAAUGGUCAUUAUGUAAAUACAUGUCUUGAAAUUUGCUUUUUUUGUGGGCAACCAUGUAAAUAAUUCCAGCUACUUUUUUCAUUCUUUUUUGAUGUAGAGUGUACUUUCAACUUUUUUGGAAAUAUUGCAAAGAACAUGUUUAUUUACAUGCAAAUAAAUCUCUUUGGUAAAGAGGUCU